AUGGUUUCUUUAGGUAGUGCUUGUCAAAAGUUAGCUCCCCUUUCCUUUUCUGGGUUCUGUGGGGUUGAUGCGGAAGGCUUAAGUGGUGGUCUAAUUUUGCUCUGGUCAUCGAAUGUACUUUUAUCUCCUGUGUCAGUGUCAAGUAGGUUUGUUCUUUGCUCUUGUACAAAUGUUGUUGAUAAUGAAAUAAGCUACAUGCUGUUUGUGUACGGUGCGCCUCAUGUCCAGGAUCGUUUUUCUAUUUGGAAUGAUAUUGCAAAUAUCAUUUUAGAAUUUCCUAAUAUCCUCCUUGUUGGGGAUUUUAAUCAGGUGGAGUUUAUAGAGGAUAAGCUGGGUGGGUCUCAGUUAAUUCCAGGUCGAUUUGAAUUUAUUCAAUGGCGUUUAGAGAAUGGUUUGAUUGAUAUUCCAUUCUCUGGUCCUCCUUUUACCUGGACGAAUAAUCAUCGAGAUAAUAGUGUCACUUUUGAGCGAUUGGAUAAGGCCUACGCCUCUUCUGAGUGGUUAUAUUCUCAUCCUCAAACCACGGUGAUUCACCAACCAAUUUUCUUGUCAGAUCACUCGGCGAUUAUUCUCCGCUCUGAUAAUAUCAAUGCUCCUCGUCGCCCUUAUCGUAUCGAGAAUUGGUGUCUACAAGCUAAGCCUGUUGUGGAUUUUGUCAUUUCAAUGUGGAAUCAGCCCGUGAUUGGUUCACCAAUGUUUACUUUGAGUUCAAAACUUACAACUAUUCGAAAUUUCCUUUUCACUUGGUGCAUUCAAAAUCGUCGGAUGUGGGGGAUCAAUUGGCGGGAGGUUUCUUUGGCAGUUGAGUCUGCUGCCUCUGCUAUUGGUCCAGGUCCGUCUGCUUCUCUUUUCGUAACCAUUAAGGAUGAUUGUGUUUCUCGGACUCAAGCUAUGUUCAUGUAUUGGCGGCAACGAUGUAAGGUGAAAUGGGAUGCUCAGGGAGAUUCUCAUUCUAAGCUUUUGUUUGCUUCGGUACAGGCUAGGAAACGCAGAAAUUAUAUACAUAGCUUGCAGGAUAGUGAAGGUCAUACUUAUUCGGCAGGUCCUCAGCUUCGUCAGCAUGUUUCGGACUUCUACGCAGAUCUUUUUGAGGUGAAUUCUCCUUCUUUAGAUCCAUUAUUGUAUGAUUGGAGCGAUCUCCAGCUUCGAACGCUUUCUUCAACAGAUCAGGCUCAUCUGAUGGUUCCAUUUUCGGCUCUGGAUAUUCGUGUGGCCAUGUUUAAUAUAGCUGAUGAUAAAUCUCCUGGCCCAGAUGGAUUUUCUGCUGCUUUCUUUAAAAUCCAUUGGAGUGUGGUUGGGGGCCAGGUGGUCCAGGCUAUUCAACACUUCUUCGCUCAUGGGUUUAUGCUUAAGGACUGGAAUCGUACUUUCCUGGUUCUCCUCCCUAAGGAAUUGCAUCCUCAACUGGUUUCCCAGUUUAGGCCAAUAGGCCUCUGUAAUGUCAUUUACAAAUGUAUUGCGAAAUGUAUCACCCAUCGGAUGCGUACAGUUUUGCCAUCUUUGAUUAGUGACAAUCAGAAUGCCUUUGUUCCAGGGCGUUUAAUGUCUGAUGAAUGCCUGAUUGCUCAUGAGCUCUUGUCUUUGGUCAAUAGGACAAGGGCUAGGAAAAAAAUUUACGCAGUUGUCAAAUUGGAUAUGAAUAAGGCUUAUGAUCGUGUUCGUUGGGAUUUCUUGUUUCAGGCUUUGUCGAAGUUUGGUUUCCCGCCUUCCUGGGUUAAUAUUAUACGUCAAUGUGUGUCUACAGUCUCAUACCAAGUGUUGGUGAAUGGUGAGCCGACUCGCUCUUUCCAACCCAGGUGUGGCUUACGCCAAGGAGAUCCUUUAUCUCCAUAUCUUUUCGUCUUGUGUAUGGAAGUUUUCUCGGCUUUGCUUCGCCGUGCUGAGCAGGCUCGUCUUCUGCAAGGUAUUUCAGUCUGUAGGGGUGCUCCCUCGGUUUCCCAUUUAUUCUUUGCGGACGAUGCUCUCCUUUUCUUUCAGGUUUCACCGGAUGCGUGCAAUCAGGUUGUGUCAGUACUCUCGGAGUUUAGUGCUAUUUCAGGUCAGAUUAUCAAUCAUCAGAAGUCCUUUGUCAAGUUUAGUCCGAAUACACCUCAAGACUAUCGGGAUUUCUUAGCGGCUUCUCUCGGUCUUGGCCAACGUCUUUCGUUGGGUCCUUACUUGGGUGUUCCAGUCGACAUUGGGCGUUCGAGAUGCUCUGCUUUCUUCGGUCUUGUGGAUAUCAUCGCUCGUAAGUUAGCUAACUUUUCCUCUCGCAAUCUCUCGGCGGCAGCAAAGUUGGUUGUUAUCAAUUCAGUUCUGGUGGCCUCUAUCACUCAUGUUCUCUCGGUCUUCUUAAUUCCGAAGUCCAUUUGUGAACGAAUUGAUAGCUUGUGUCUUCGUUUCUGGUGGAGGUCGUCUGAUUCGUCUCGAGGAAUGUCUUUGGCUCCUUCUUCGAUUAUCCAUCUUUCGAAAGGUAUGGGAGGCCUGGAUGUUCGUAAAACUGCUACCUUCAACCAUGCCCUUCUGGCUAAGUCAGCCUGGCGUAUUUUCCAUCAUCCCCAGUUAUUACUAUCUCGGAUUUAUAAGGUUCGGUAUCCUUCCUUGGCUAUUCAUCCCCCUUCGGUGUGUGUUUCUCGCCCGUCGUGGGGAUUUAGGAGUUUGGCCCAAGGGUUUCAGGUUCUGGGUCAGGGUAUUGCUUGGAAGCCGGGUGCGGGAACUAGUAUUAAGAUUCUCCAGGAUGUUUGGGUUUCUUCUGAGUUAGUGGCUUUUAAGGCCUCAGCUAUUGGGUCGGACUGUCCUACCCAUGUUUCUUCAUUACUUGAUCCGCGUUCUUACGCGUGGAACGUUAGUGUCGUUCGUCGUCUGUUUACAGAUGCCAUCUCUAGUCAGAUUCUGGCUUUGGAACGACCGACCGCUUUGUUAGAUGAUGUUAUGUAUUGGAAAUUUACUCUUGAUGGUCGAUUCUCGGUUCGCUCGGCAUAUGCUAUGCUUCUCCGACAGUCCCAUAAUGUGGCAUCUGAGGUUUCUACUCCGUCUGCUUCUUGGUGGAAGCGUUUUUGGGGCCUAGACAUUCUCCCGCGUUUUAAGGUUUUUCUUUGGAAGUUAUUUCGGAAUGCCUUGCCUCUGGCAACUCUGUUGUGCCAGCGUGGGAUGCCGGUUGAUCCGGUUUGCUCUUUAUGCCAUCAACACCCAGAAACUGCCUGCCAUCUUUUUCGGGAUUGCCCUUUGCUUCUUCAGUUCUGGUCGGUGGAGCCUUUGCGUAUGUUCUGUCCUUCGUUUUCUUUGAAUUCGUUUGUACACUGGUGUGUUCAGUUCAUUACUAAUCUUUUAAAGGCGCCUCGGGGUCUUUUGGAUGGGUUUAUUUCUAUGCUCUGGACGAUUUGGGUGAUGCGUAAUCAGGCUCGGUUUAGGAGUGUGGAGUGGGACCCUGGUGCUUUUCAAUCUAUUUUGGCUGGCUGGAAUCUCCGGUGUUCUGAGGUCCGCGCUCUUAGUGUUCUAUGUCGUCAACAUAGGGUGCUGGAUGGUUCUUUUAUCGCUCGAGCUCCUGGUUUGUAUUCCCUAGGGUUUUCUCAACCAGAUAUUUGUCUUGUUUCAGAUGGUGCUUGGUUGGCUGCUUCUAAUAAUGCAGGUCUUGGUUGGGUUCUUCAAGACCCAGUCUCGUUAGUUCGGGUUGGGGGUGGGGCUCAGGCUUGUGUGGUAGGAUCUGCUCUUCAGGCAGAAUUGACUGCGUGCUUAUGGGGUCUCCAAAUGGUGGUUAGGCGAGGGUUUGCUAGGGUCCUUAUCUUUACGGAUUCCGCUAUUAUGGUUGGUUUAUUGUCUGGUGCUCAGACUAGUCCAAUCUCAGUUAGCUGGCUUGUUCAGCGUUUGCGGGCUACUCUUCACUCGUUGUCCGGGUUUUAUGUUCGCAAGGUCUCUCGUCGCUUGGUUUAUCCUGCCCAUGUUCUGGCUACUUCCGCUCGUCGUCGCCAGCUUCUCCACCAUCGGUUUUAG